CUUGUUUACGACUCUUCCGAUUGCGUGCGGUUGGCCAACUUGUAACGAGUUCCAGUGGCGCUGCUAUCUUUUGUGUUGGCUUGGCGCCUUUCCUGUAUUGGUGUGUUCAGUGUAGUAGUGAUUGUGUUACACGUUUCAAAAUGGCUGGUGGUAAAGCGGGUAAAGAUUCUGGCAAAGCUAAGGCUAAAGCAGUAUCGAGAUCAGCUAGGGCAGGACUUCAGUUUCCCGUCGGAAGAAUUCACAGACAUUUAAAAAAUAGGACGACAAGCCAUGGACGUGUUGGAGCCACGGCAGCCGUUUAUUCGGCAGCUAUUUUAGAAUAUCUUACCGCUGAGGUUCUUGAAUUGGCUGGAAAUGCUUCCAAAGAUCUCAAGGUGAAACGUAUUACACCAAGACAUUUGCAACUUGCUAUCAGAGGAGAUGAAGAGUUAGACAGUCUCAUUAAAGCCACCAUUGCAGGAGGUGGUGUCAUUCCCCACAUUCACAAAUCACUUAUCGGAAAGAAAGGUGGUCCUGGAGCACCAGUUUAAUCUAGAACUUAUCAAGACUUCAUAUUGCAUUUGACUCUGGACAAGACAUCAACACUUCAAAACUCAACCAAUCUGGGAAACAUAGUUUUUUUAAUAGUGAUGUAAUGGAGCAGUGAUGUGACUACAGUGAACUAUUUGUCCGGACUUCUAGCUUAUAAGUAUUAGUUAUAUUCUAGCAUUAAGGAGAUUUAUGAUUGUAUUAGAAUUGAGUUUGAAUUUCUUAGUUUGUUAACUGGACAUUUUAUUUGCUAAGAAACUGUGAAUGCUGUGUUAAAUUGUCUUGCUACUAGGUUCAAUUACUUCUGGACUAGAAUUUAGUGCGACAUAAUUUAAACUUCCCUUGACUACUACAACAUUAUAAUUUUAAGCCUUGAGCUAUAAUACUUUAUUCAGUUUUGUAUUUUUUUUUACAUUGGUACAGUAAUAAUGGUCAACACAUAUUGUAUGUUGUUCUAAAUUGUAAUUUGGUAUGAUUGAACUGUUACAAGUUGUAAGAAAUGUAUUUUGAUCUUUAAAAUAUAAUGAAGAACUUAAAAU